AAUAAAACUAGCGUAUCAUCGACGUUGUGAGGGUAGUGACGUAAUUAGACAUCUUCCUCUCUCUUUCUCUCCCUUGAGCCCAUCCCAUAACCUUGAAGGCAGAGUAUUUUCCGUUAACAGUUAUCGCUCCGUCUGAGGAAGUAGUUGGCUUGUUCUUCCCGGUUCCUAAUAUUCCGAUAUAGAAACCAACUGCUCAGAUUCAACCUGUUUUUUUGUCAGAGCUCUCAGACUUGUUGCCUUCUUUUUUCUUCUCCAUUAUUGUUUUAUAUGCGUUUUUUUUUUCAAGAGUUCAAUACAAAAUUCCAGGGAAGAGUUUCCUUCUUCAAGCAUGAAGAGGCAGAGGAGAUUCACUGAACCCACAAACCCUUUUGAUCUGGUUUCCGAUGAAAUCAUCUUCACCAUACUCGACUUACUGAGCUCUAACCCAAUUGAUCUCAAGUCCUUCUCCUUAGCCUGCAAGUCAUUCUACUCUGUUGAAGCAAAGCACCGCAAACUCCUCAAACCUCUUCGUUCUGAGCAUCUUCCUACUGUGCUUAAACGAUACACGCAAUUGGCUCACCUUGAUUUUUCCCUUUCUCCUCGAGUCACCGAUGCCUCCUUGGCCAUCAUUUCUAAGGCCUGCAAUUCCAAGCUUCGUUCUAUCGACCUUUCGAGGUCUAAAUUCUUUUCGGCUACAGGGUUGUUGAGUCUGGCUACGAAUUGUACAAAUUUGGUGGAGAUCGACUUAUCGAACGCUACGGAGCUCAGAGAUGCGGCGGCUGUGGCUUUAGCGAAGGCGAAAAAUCUGGAGAAGCUGUGGUUGGGGAGGUGUAAAUUGAUAACGGAUAUGGGGAUUGGGUGUAUUGCAGUUGGAUGCACGAAACUGAGAUUCAUCAGCUUAAAGUGGUGUAUGAGUAUUGGAGAUUUGGGGGUCGGUUUGAUCGCUGUUAAAUGUGAACAAAUUCGUAGUUUGGAUCUCUCCUAUAUGCAGAUCACGGAAAAAUGUUUACCAUCCAUAUUAAAGCUCAAGCAUCUUGAAGAUUUGGUAUUAGAGGGAUGCUUUGGCAUAGACGAUGACUGCCUUGCUGUUAUUAGAUAUGGAUGCAAGUCCCUAAGGAAACUUGACGUGUCGAGUUGUCCGAAUAUUAGUCCUUCCGGGCUGUCUUCCCUGACCCGUGCUACCUCAUCUAUACAGCAGCUUACUUUAGCUCAUGGCUCUCCUGUGACUCUUGCUUUGGCUAAUAGUUUGAAAAGCUUGACCAUGUUACAAUCGGUCAAAUUGGAUGGGUGUGUUAUUACAUACGAUGGACUCAAAGCCAUAGGAAGUUGUUGUGUGUCCCUUAGUGAACUGAGCUUAAGCAAAUGUGUUGGUGUGACUGAUGAAGGACUCUCCUCCAUUGUGAAAAAACACAAAGAUUUGAAGAAGCUCGACCUAACUUGUUGCCGCAUGAUAACUGAUGUUUCUGUUUCCCAUCUGACGAACUCAUGUGGUGGCCUCACCUCUCUAAAAAUGGAGUCUUGUUCCCUUGUUAGCAGAGAAGGGUUCAUCCUGAUUGGACGACGAUGCCAUUUGCUUGAGGAGCUUGAUUUAACUGAUAACGAAAUUGAUAAUGAAGGUCUGAGAUCAUUAUCUAGGUGUUCAAAACUCUCCAUCUUAAAGCUAGGAAUUUGUCUGAAUCUUAAUGACGAGGGACUUGCCCAUAUUGGCACGUCCUGCGCCAAGCUCAUGGAGCUAGACUUAUACAGGUGUGUGGGAGUUACUGAUUCUGGCCUUUUGUCGAUCAUCCAUGGUUGCCCUGAUCUUGAAAUGAUAAAUAUAGCAUAUUGUCGAGAUGUCACGGACGUGUCAUUUUCAUCGCUACGUAAAUGCUCAAGGCUGAAGACAAUUGAAGCUCGAGGGUGCCCGCUUAUCACAUCUUCUGGCUUAGCAGCAGCUGUUGUAGGGUGCAAGUUACUAAGGAGAUUAGACUUAAAGAAGUGUUGUAAUGUUGAUGAUGCCGGCAUGAUCUCCCUUGCUCAUUUCUCUCAAAACCUCAGACAGAUAAAUUUGUCGUAUAGCUCGGUUACAGACGUGGGACUGUUGUCUCUUGCCAGCCUUAGCUGCCUUCAGCAUCUGACUGUAUUGCACACCAAUAGAUUAACUCCAAGUGGAGUUGCAGCUGCCUUGUUGGCACAUAGUUCCUUGACAAAAGUGAAACUCCAUGCACUCUUUCAAGCACUGCUACCCGAACGUCUUCUUAAACGCUUGGAAGUACGAGGAUGCACAUUCGAAUGGCGAGAGAAAAUAUUUCAGGAUGAUGAUGGAUGCGGAGGUAGGCGCAAUAUAUGGUGGAGAGAUUUGGAAGAAUUUGUGGAAGCCUAUCUUAUUUUCAUUGGCUCUUCUCCAAACGCCUUGCUUUUCUCCCCUGCUCUUCCAAGUUUAGACUAUCAUGUAAUAUGUUGAGUAUUUCAUUCUCCAAACAGAUUCCAAAAACUAUGAAAAACUAGUGGCCUUUCUAUAGGCCCAAAAGCUAUUGUUGGUAGGAGAAUUGGGCCAACAGAGCCCAUUUGGUAUUUUUUAUUUUUUGGUGAAGGAAAUGUGUGAUUGGGCCGA